AUGACUUUCCCUCACCGCCUACAGUUUGUAUUAUUUUUGAUAUGUUGUAUGCAAGAUGUACUUGCUUCAAACUCAACAAACUCAACAAAUACCACUGCCACACCAUCAUCAUCUGUGUUCACCGCACCUAAUGGUAAGAGACAUUUUUGUAUUCUUAAAAACUAAGGACAACAGAAUGAAAAUUUAACAGUAUGGGGAAAGGUUGGAAUUUGGGUUUUCAGGGACAUGUCCCUCAAGAAACUUUGUUUAAUUUUCAAUUUUUCUCUCUCUUGCUUCCUUCUUUUUUCUCGUUUUCUAUUUUAUAUAAUUUUAUUUUUUUCCGUGUGAAAUUGUCGGGAUCAGCACCUUUUUAUAGAAACCGUGAUUGUGCGUUUCACUGAAUCACUAUUUCAUAGCUGUUCGUACAUAAAUUAAAAAUUAAGCGCAUGAGCAGGCCCAGUUUGGAGAAAAGAUGGCACCAGUCUCUCACGGGAUUUGUGUUGACAGCAAUGACAGGUUACCAAGGGUAAAAUAUCAUGAAUUCUUAAAUCGUUUUUGUCGACGCGGACGAAUUUAAAUUUUAGGAAUAAAGCUAAAACAGAAAUAAAACCAAACAGGUAAAUCUGAAACGAAAAGGAAAAGAAGAGGAUUAACAGUAAUGGAGAAGAUUAACACGAAUUGCAAACUUGGAAUUGUGAAUUAGCUGCAGUGAUUAACAAUACUGUAUAUUCACUUGGCAGUUAUAUAUUUUUAGUGACUUUCAGCAUAGACACCAAGUACUCGUCACCAGAUUGCGCAUCUUGCAGCAAUGGAGGAACCAUCACAAUGACCAUGUCAUGUAGCAUCAAGAUGCCAUCUAACAACAAUAAGAAAUGUGACAGGGACGAGCUCAGUGCAACCAGCUGUGAUUACGUUACUUUCAAAGAUAAAGUGUAUCGCUGUGCUGACCUGGAAAAGAAUUUCACGUCCUAUGAGAAAGAAUACUUCAAACCUGUAAAACAAUGUGAUGACGUUUGCCCAGCUUCCGGCUCAGGUUGGUCUAGUUUAACUCGAACAAAAAUUGUUUUAAAUCAUUCAUUUUACAACUGGGAGAUGUCACGGUAUAAUUAAACCGACAAAAAAAAUACCUUUGCGAAAUGUGACAAGGACGGGUUCAAUAAAACCAGCUGUGGUUACGUUACUAUGGUCGAUAAAAUGUACAGCUGUGCUGACGUGAAAAAGAAUUUCACGUCCUAUAAGGAAAAAUACUUGAAAUCUGCAAAAAAAUGUGAUGACGUUUGUCCAGCUUCCGGCUCAGGUUGGUCUAGUUUAACUCUAACAAAAAUUGUUUUAAAUCAUUCAUUUUACAACUGGGAGAUGUUCCGAUAUAAUUAAACCGACAGGAAAAAAUACCCUACUUAAAUGGAGUGCAUUUGGAUUGAGUGUUGUAAAACCAAAACCAAAUUUAUUAUAAAAGCCAAUCAGAAGAAAGGAGAAAUACCUUUCACAGCCAAUAAGAUUCAAAGUAAAAGCAAGCAAACUGCCCAAAGCGCGGGACAAUGCAUGCGACGAAGUCGUGGUUGGCUUUAGUUUUACAUGGAUGUGAUUGGUUGAGAGAGUGGCCGCGAGUUUUUUGGACCAAUCACAGAAGGAAGUAAAGCAAACCCAACACGUAGACAAUCUCGGAUCGCUUUCGACAUUGAAUUGAAAAUUGCUCUAUCCUAUGAAAUGAACUAAUUUAUUCGAUUUGACUAUUUCAAGGGAGCAACUCCUAAACAGCACAAUCUGACAUCAACUAAACUCAAGUCCAUUACUAAAUUAACCUUCAGUCAUCACAAAUACCAACUCACAUCAAACCGACUGCUAUCGUAAAAUCUCUUCUGAAACUCUCGACUAUAGGCAUACCUCCAUUGCAAACCACAAUAGCUCCUGGAAGCUUCUUCAAGAAGUCGGUCUUUGCCGACAAAAACAUCUUCUUUACUCGGUGUCCGGCCUAUUUGACAUUUAUAGAGCAUUCUAAAAGGUACGGGUGACUUCAAAAUUCCUUUCCUAGUAGCCGCUACAAGAAAAGUAAUUUUGAAGUUUCCAGUAUUUAUUAUUGUAUUGUUUGAUAGAAUGUUCUAUAAAGUUCGCGAAAGUUACAUCAACAUGAGACGGAGACCACAUUGCAGGACGAACAAGCAAAUUUCGACUGAUAUUCUCUUGAGGACGAACCAGUUCGAGAAAUUUCCAUACACUCUGUAUCUCAAGUUACUCUCCACCACAAAGAUCCUUGAGUUUAAAUCCAAUUUGUUUUGUUCUUUUCUCCAGUGUUGUCCGCUCACCUCGUGUUCAUUUUCUCAUCUGGUCUCGCUGUCGGCCUGUAAGUACUUAUCAUUUACGCAAGCUUUUAUUAAACCCAGCAUAAGUUCUUCAAUCAACGUAACAAUGCAACUUACGACAUUAUUAAGUCAUUGUGAUCUCGUAACAAGAAUUCUACCACAGGACCUUGCAUUGCUUCAGCUGUUCUUAUGUCUCCGACAGACAUUUCUGUUAAAGAUCAACGAACUUUAUUCGUCACAAUAAGAAUUCGUGCGAGAGAGGAAGAGAGAGGACCCUGGGAACGAGAUUGAAACACGCCGUACAUCUUAACGGCCAUGUUAGAUGACGUCUCGUCUUCUAUCCCAUAAUAGAUUAGUCCUUCCCCCGCACUUUACCACAGGUAACCCAGCUUGGCUAGUCCCACAGCUAAGUAGGACUGGAAUAUGGCAUGUAAUUUCAAAAAAGCACCAAAUUUUUUAUUUUUUUUUUGCAGAUUAUCGCAGACUCUGUGAUCCACCGACCUUGAAAAAGCUGUCGUUGCCAACACGAUAAAUCAACUCCAUUUCAGUUUUUUUAGGAAUAAAGCCGUAGAAAAAGUAUAUUUGUUUUCGAUCGAGGCUUAGCAGAUACAAGCCAAGCGUAUUUGUAAGAGAUGCUAAUGAGGAAAGUUUGGUAUUUGAGUAGAGGGAAUAGAGAGCACUACUGACAUGAAUAGAAAUAGCAUGUUGAUAGAGAUUGUGUAAUCAAAUCAUUUUAUUGAUGUAUAUUUACCUGAAAACGACGAUGUUAAGAUAGGUGACUUACGAUUCACGUUAUCUUGAGUUCUUGAUCAACUACGAUCACAGAGUGAGGACAGCGGCAAAAUGAGUGCGCAUGCUCCGUUACUCGAGCCAUUUGAGCGUUCAGGGUUACUGCUAUUUUUCUCCAAACAAAGUUGAUGUAGGUUUUCCCGCUGAGACAACAAUCCUUUUCUCCAGGAAGUUUGCCUUCUGAGGAGGCCACGACAAAAAGCGCCAAGGUGAUGAAAGGUGCAACGAACUUCGUAACCAUGUUACUAAUGCACUACUGCGGUCACUAACUUUGCAGCUGUUACCGCAAUAUUUUUUUUGUUGAGUGAGAUACGUGACGGAGGAGUUCGAAGGAAACUUUCUUGAAAACGGCAACUUUGUCUGUUGUGGUUCAGGCUUAUCCCCGUGGAAUGAAACCAAACAAUGAGAAUUUCAAAAAUGCCACUGUUGCGCCUCGAUGGUGUUACUAUGGAAAUAUUGUCGUUUUCAUUCCUUUACGCAUAUGAAAUUUCUCGUGCGUUACUAGCAUGCGUACUUAUUUUGCCGCUGUGUCCAGUGAGUAUCAUGUGUUGCUUACGCGUAGUUCAGCUGCCUUUGUUGUACUAAGGUUACUUAGAAGUUUUGUAGAACGGUUCUACUUAUUAAAGAAACACGACUGUAAAACCCGGAGUGUGUCAAUCUACCAUUAAAAGUGAAGAGGACGAGUUUUAGGAAUCCUUGCUUUAGCUACCGAGUGCUAUGAGCACUAGCCUGCUUCGAAUUUAAGAUCAUCAUUGGUAGAGACCCACGAUUUAAAAGAAAAUAAAAUGUUCAUAAGCUGCGAUUUAAAAAAAAGCUAGAGCACUAAGGCUCCUUCGCCUUUCUCCCCAUGGAAACAGAAGCCUGGUAUUUCACCGAUUGAAAUGAUCUGGAGGUGAGGAGGCAAUAACGGGUGAGAUACAACAUACCUUUACAACUCAUUUAUUUUAUUCUUAACCAACUGAAAACAAAAGCAGAAGGUUGCUUAGGAACUAAUAGCUGCAUCUAACCACACCUUAUUUUCUGAACCAAAAAUAUAUAUAUUUAUCUUACACAAUGC